AUGACUGAAGAUAUACGAUUGAACUCUUCCAAACUUGGAACACAAGAAUACUGGAACAACUUCUAUAAGAAGGAGCAAUCUAAUUUCCAAGAUAAUGAUGAAGAUACUGGCGAAUGUUGGUUUGAUGAUUCAGACGCUGAAUCCAAAAUGAUCCAAUUCUUGAUAGAUAAACUAAACGACGGCGAACUUCCGGUGACGGAAACUCCGCACAUUCGUAUGUUGGACUUAGGUACUGGUAAUGGCCAUUUGUUAUUCCAAUUACUGCAAGAUUUAUCUGAAGAAUAUGAAGGAGACAGCGAGUUUCAGUUUAUUGGGAUCGACUACUCUCCUGAUUCUGUAGAAUUCGCCAAGGAUAUAGCCGGUAAGAAAUACGGCGACGUCAAUUUUGAGUUUGAACAGGUUGACUUGUUACAAAAGGAAGCACCUUUUUUAAAGAACAAGUUUGAUAUUCUUUUAGACAAGGGAACAUUGGAUGCUAUAGCCUUAAACCAAGAUCCGUUGCAAGAGUUUGACGGAGAAAUAGGAAUGGACGUAUAUGCUCGUCAAGUAGAACAAUUAAUGAACAAGGGCUCAAUCUUACUUAUAACGUCAUGCAAUUUCACCGAGACCGAGUUGGUGAAAAUCAUAACCACAGGAACCAACUUACAGGUAUGGGACAAGAUAAACUACCCCAGUUUCCAAUUCGGGGGAGUAAAAGGGUCUACAGUUUGUAGUAUUGCAUUUAUCAAAGAUUAA